AUGCCAGCCCAGCAGAAGAAGCUGCUCUUUGGCACAGCCGGGGUGCUGAGCUUCGCCUGCGCUCUGGGGACAGCGGCGGCCGUGGGGUCGCAGCUCUGGGUCAGGGGCUCCAUCCUCUGCUCCACCGGAGCGCUGCUCGUCAACGCCAGCGGCCCCGAGCUGCUCAAGUUCAUCGGCGACAUCGAGUACGGGCUCUUCUCCGGGCAGCGGGUGCGGCAGUGCGGGCUCGGGGGGAGACCCUCGCACUUCUCCUUUUUUCCAGAUUUGCUCAGAAUUAUCCCUGCAAGUAUCCACGUUAGUGUCAUCCUGUUCUGCACAGUCCUGAUUGUCUUUGCCCUGGUGGGAGCAGGGUUCUUCAUGUUCAAUGCUUUUGGCAGCCCCUACGAGACCCUGCACGGCCCCACGGGGCUCUACCUCUGGAGCUUCAUCUCCUGGAUUGCUGAGCUGAUGAACAUCUCCCCCUCCCUUUCAGGUUCCUGUGGUUGCCUCAUCCUGAUUCUCUUCUCCUCAGAGGUGAAGAUCCACCACCUUUCAGAGAAAAUUGCUAAUUUCAAAGAGGGAACUUUUACAUUCAAGACUCACAGUGAGCACUUUGCAAAUUCCUUCUGGACCAUCCUGGUUUGCUCCCUGGUGCACUUCCUCAAUGCUCUGCUAAUCCGAUUUGCUGGAUUUGAAUUUCCCUUUUCAAAACCAAAAGACUCAGGGACAAUCACAGGAGCAGUUGACCUGAUGUAUUAAAACGAUGAGAUUUAAAAAUGUUUCAAGUAAAGGAGGUUGUCACUAUUGCAUCAACAACCACCAGAUGUACCAACUUGUGAAUGAUUAGCUCUAGAGAAGGUAAAAAAAGGGAAGUUUCAGAUAAGUGUCAAUAUGGUGUAAGCAGUGAACAAAAGAGAUGUUCUGUAUGGUAAUGUCUGGAUGGAAAACCCUCUUUCUUGGGGUAAGAUCUUAUUAAGACUUUUUUUCUGUAAACUGUUUAAAAAGUGGCUGGUAUGAAGAAAAAUAGGAAUCUCAGUAGCCUUGCACUGAAUCUGGAAAGUCCAACCAAUGGGUUGUAGGAGAAGCCCACACUCACCAGCAGCAGCUC